AUGGCUGACAAUAGUGUGUUAACAUCCACUUCUGAGAGUUCAAGCUUAGCAGACUCUUCCAUUUUUGAUUCUAAAGUUACCGAACUUGUAAGGAAAACUUACUUAUUGGGACCUACUUCAUAUGUUGAAGAAGAAAUGCCUCAGGUUGAAACAAGAGUGAUAUUGGUUCAAGAAGCUGGCAAUCAAGAAGAACUUAUAGAAGCCUUAAAGAGUAUUAAAAUGAUGGAUGUCCCUGUAAAUAAAGAAAGUUGUCCUGGAAAACCGGAUGAAAAAUUAAUAAAAAGUGUUGUUAAUAUGGAAAUUAAAAUGCCCUUUGUAAAGAUGGAAUCAGUGGAAGAAUAUGAAAAUUUGGAUUCUCCAGAAUUUGAAAAUGUAUUCGUAGUCAUGGACUUCCAGGAUCCUGUUUUGAAUGAGCUAUACAGGAAAAAUUCUAGAGUUAUUGGACCACCUGUUGUAUUAAACUGUGCACAAAAAGGAAAGCCUUUGCCAUAUUUAUGGCGUCCACUCUAUUGUACAAGCAUGAUGAAUCUGGUACUAUGCUUUGCUGGAUUUAGGAAGAAGGAAGAAUUAGUCAGAUUGGCGACAUUGGUUCAUCACAUGGGUGGACUUAUUCGAAAAGACUUUAAUUCAAAAGUUACACAUUUGGUGGCAAAUUGUACUCAAGGAGAAAAAUUCAGGAUUGCUGUGAGCCUGGGUACUCCAAUUAUGAAGCCAGAAUGGAUUUAUAAAGCUUGGGAAAGACGAAAUGAACAGGAUUUCUGUGCAUCAGUUGAUGAUUUCAGGAAUGAAUUUAAAGUUCCUCCAUUUCAAGAUUGCAUUUUAAGUUUCCUUGGAUUUUCAGAUGAAGAAAAAACUAAUAUGGAAGAGAUGACUGAAAUGCAAGGAGGUAGCUACUUACCGGUUGGGGAUGAAAGGUGCACUCACCUUAUAGUUGAAGAGAAUAUAGUAAAAGAACUUCCAUUUGAACCUUCAGAGAAACUUUGUGUCAAGCAAGAGUGGUUCUGGGGAAGCAUUCAAAUGGAUGCCCGAGCUGUGGAAACUAUGUACUUAUAUGAAAAGGCUAAUACACCUGAGCUCAAGAAAUCAGUGUCACUGCUUUCUCUAAGUACUCCAAACAGCAAUCGCAAAAGACGUCGUUUGAAGGAGACACUGGCUCAGCUUUCAAGAGAGUCAGACCUGUCAUCUUUCCCUCCCCGUAAGCGCCCAUCAGCUGACCAUUCCCUUUCUAUAGGGUCACUCCUAGAUAUCUCCAACACACCAGACUCUAGCAUUAACUAUGGAGAAACACCAAAGUCUUGUACUAAGCCUUCCCAAAAUUCCACUCCUGUUCUUUCAAAGCAGUCAGCCAGGUGGCAAGUUGCAAAAGAGCUCUAUCAGACUGAAAGUAAUUAUGUAAAUAUACUGGCCACAAUUAUUCAGUUAUUUCAGGUACCAUUGGAAGAAGAAGGACAACGUGGUGGGCCUAUCCUUGCACCGGAAGAGAUUAAGACUAUUUUUGGUAGUAUACCAGAUAUCUUUGAUGUGCACAGUAAGAUAAAGGAUGAUCUUGAAGAUCUUAUUGUUAAUUGGGAUGAGAGCAAAAGCAUUGGUGAUAUCUUCCUUAAAUAUUCAAAAGAUUUGGUAAAAACCUACCCUCCCUUUGUAAACUUCUUUGAAAUGAGCAAGGAAACAAUUAUUAAAUGUGAAAAACAGAAACCAAGAUUUCAUGCUUUUCUGAAGAUAAACCAAGCUAAACCAGAAUGUGGACGGCAAAGCCUUGUUGAACUCCUUAUCCGACCAGUACAGAGGUUACCCAGCAUUGGGUUACUUCUGAAUGACCUUAAGAAGCAUACAGCUGAGGAAAAUCCUGACAAAAGCACUCUAGAAAAUGCUAUUGAAUCACUAAGGGAGGUAAUGACACAUAUUAAUGAGGAUAAGAGAAAAACUGAAGCUCAAAAGCAAAUUUUUGAUGUUGUUUAUGAAGUAGAUGGAUGCCCAGCUAAUCUUUUAUCUUCUCACCGAAGCUUAGUCCAACGAGUUGAAACAAUUUCUCUUGGUGAGCACCCCUGUGACAGAGGAGAACAAGUAACUCUCUUCCUCUUCAACGAUUGCCUGGAGAUAGCAAGGAAACGCCACAAGGUCAUUGGCACUUUCAAGAGUCCUCAUGGCCAUACCCGACCCCCAGCCCCUCUUAAGCAUAUUCACCUAAUGCCUCUUUCUCAAAUUAAGAAAGUGCUGGACAUAAGAGAGACUGAAGAUUGCCAUAAUGCUUUUGCCUUGCUGGUGAGGCCACCAACAGAGCAGGCAAAUGUGCUGCUCAGUUUCCAGAUGACAUCAGAGGAACUUCCAAAAGAAAACUGGCUAAAGAUGCUGUGUCGACAUGUAGCCAACACCAUUUGUAAAGCAGAUACUGAAAAUCUUAUUUAUACUGCUGAUCCAGAAACCCUUGAAGUAAAUACAAAAGAUAUGGACAGUACAUUGAGUAGAGCAUCUAGAGCAAUAAAAAAGACUUCAAAAAAGGUUACAAGAGCAUUCUCUUUCUCCAAAACUCCGAGAAGAGCCCUCCGAAGGACUCUUAUGCCGUCGCAAAGUUCAGUGGAGGGAAGAAGUCCUCACGGCAGUGACAGGCAGGCACUGAGUCGUCUGUCUAGCACAUCAUCGUUAGCGGGUGUCCCAUCUCCUUCCCUUGUCAGCCUUCCUUCCUUCUUUGAAAGGAGAAGUUAUGCUUUAAGUAGAUCUACAACUCAUUUGAUAUGAAGUUUAAAAAACUUUACUUACAGACACUUAACAUCUCAUGUGCAAAUAAGAAACUGACUUAAAUGGUACUUGCCAUUAGCACUUGGUGAAAGCAUAAAGGAGAUAAGAUAGGUAACACUAAACUACGUUAUUUGAUUUUCUUCUUUAAAGAGUAAGGUUAACCUCCUACAUUUUUCAAGUUAAUUUAUUAGAAAGUUUUAUUGAUUUUUGAUGUAAUUUUUUUCUUUGCUGAAAUCCUUCAUUUGAAGACCAGUAUGUUUAAGUUAUUCAUGAUAUCGGUAGCUUUGUAACCUGAUACAUAUAGUAAAUAAAUUUUAUUGGUCUAUGUUAAAUGCUGCUGUGAAUUUCUUUGUAUAGUGUCCAUGAAUGAAUUUUGGAAAUACAUGCUUGUGUAUCUCAAUUUGUGCAGAAAUUAAGUGAUACCACAGUACUUAACUAGAUCAAAACCAAAUAUUGGAUUAAAUAGUGGGGUCUUGUUUCAUAUGUGCUGUUUGAAGUACUUUUUAAAUUGCUCCUUUUCCAGUUUUAUUCUCAAGUAUUUUUAAGAUCCAGUGUGUGGGUUUAAAAAGAUUUGCCCUGAUUAAAAAGAAUAACAGUUAAAGGAGAUUGUUUCUAAAUACUUUUGCAAAUUGAGAUAAGGACAGAGAGAUUAAAAAAUAAUGAAUAUUUUGCACAAACAUGAUAUUGGUAUAUACUUGUAGCUGUUUCAGAGAUAUAUAUUUAUGGUACUUUUUAGCCACUAGUAAAUCUUGAUUUAGUUUGAUGAUGUGUGGAAUUUUAUUUUGAGGAAUGACCACACGGAAAUUGUGGUAAAGAUUCUUUAUACUCUUUAUAACAUAACUCUAAAGUUGACAUCAGUUUUACUAGUCUGCUGUAAAAUACAUAGAUAUGUGUAUGGUCAACUUUUUACUAAGGUCCCAUAACUGAAUGUAAAGUUGAAAUACAUUUAUUUGCUAUUGUAAAAUAUUUUUCAAAUCUUGAUGUUAUUUUUCACAAUAGUUUUGUUUUUAUAGUCAUUAAUAGAAAAUAAUCAAGUUAUUAUGAAUGAAUGCAUUAUUAUUUCCUACCUGUUUAGGGAGCACUACAAACAUUUAAUUGUCAUUUAACAAUUCUCCGUUAUUUUCUUUAAGAGUUUAACUGACUAUAUAGAUUUUUUCUCUGCCACAUAUUUGUUACUUUUAAAUUGUAAAUGAACCUUCAUUACUAUACUUUAAAAGCAAUUGUAUUAGGAAGAAUGUUGUAAAUAAAUACUUAAAACCUGAGGUUAUUUUAUGUUUUAUAGUUUCUUUAGACAAAUUUUCACCGACCGGAUGAGCACAUGCAUCAGCCUCUACUCUUGUGUAUUUGCUUGUAUAUUUAUUUGCUUCUUUCUUCCUCCAUUAAUAUUUUUAAGCAUUAUUAUGUGUGGGAUAGGAUUUUUUAAUCUGGAAUCAACUUUGUAGAAUGGAGAUAGUGAAUUCUGUGGUAGUUAUAUAAAAUUGUAUUAUAUAUGCAUUUUUCUGUUAGAAGUUAUACUGCUUUUAUCAUUUUGUUGGGAAUAGAGCUGUGUCUCCAAAACUGUGGGGUUUCAAGGGAGAGGAAAUGACAAGGCAUGACAUUGGAAACGUUAUUGGAUGUACAGGUAAGUCGUUCAAGUCUGAUUCAAAAAUCAAUAUACAGAUAUCAAUUGUAUUUCAUGGCACCAGGCAUAAACAGGUUGAAAAUACCUUUUUUUUUUAAGUUACCUGUCACAAUACCAUAACAAUUAUUGAAGUAUUUAAGUCACGGAUUAUAUAUUUCAGUAUUGAAAAAUAGCAGUUUUCCCCAAAUUGAACUAUAAAUUCAAACAAAGCCAGUCAAAAUGCUGAAAGGCUGUGUGUGUGUGUGUGUGUGUGUGUAACAUGAUAAAUUAUUCCCGGAAUUCAUACGGAAAUGCAAAGGGUUAAAAAUAACCAAUCAAUUGAAGAAGUACAAAGACUUCCUUUAUGAACAAGGUUAAUUUUAAAGCUGUAGGGGUGAAGACAAUGAGGAGUUAGAACUCUUGAUGUGCUGAAGACAAGCAAUGGAUCACAACUGAAGACCUACAAAGAGAUAAAAGUGACACUUAAAACAGUGGGAAAAGAUAGUCUCUUCAAUAAAUGGUUCUGAGAAAAGUGGGUAUCUUUAUUUU